UAUUGUGAUGCUGUAUUUUAUAGUGUUUUCCAGGCUACACUUAUAUAAUCCCUAUAAUUUGAUUUAGGUUUCAAGAAACAGGAAAUGGAUUCUGGAAACCAAAGCACAGUUAAGAUGUUUUUCCUCAGUGGGUUUUCUCAGUCUUUGGAAUUGCAGGUGUGUUUCUUUGUACUGUUUUUGGUUUUGUACUUCAUAACAUUAUCUGGAAACAUUCUGAUUAUGGCCUCUGUCUACAUGGAUUCACGCUUGCACUCUCCAAUGUAUUUUUUACUGGGCAACUUGUCAGUUCUGGACAUUUUUUAUUCCACAGUAACAAUUCCUAAAAUGCUCAGCAAUGUCAUCACAAACAGCAAGGCUAUUACAUUCAACCAGUGCAUGUCACAGCUUUUCUUUCUUCACAUGUUUGGUGGCACAGAUUGCUUCUUACUGACUCUCAUGGCGUAUGAUCGUUAUGUGGCAAUUUGCAAUCCCCUAAGAUAUCACACAAUUAUGAACCACACAUUUUGCUGGGGAAUGGUGGCAUCUACAUGGCUAGCUGGUUUCUUGCAUUCGUUCACCCAAGCAUUUCUGACAUACCAACUACCUUUCUGUGGUCCCAAUACUAUCAACCAUUUUUUUUGUGAUGUUCAUCCGUUAGCUGUGCUGGCCUGUUCAGACACUUCCUUCAUUGAUAUGUUUAUAAUAGCCAACAGUGGGAUGAUAUCGCUUGUCUGUUUUGUGAUAUUGCUUAUGUCCUACAUUGGCAUCAUUAACACAGUCUUGAAGAUGAACUCAACAGAAAGGAGAUUCAAAGCUUUCUCUACAUGUGCUUCCCAUCUUAUGGUUGUCACAUUCUUCUUUGGACCAUGUAUUUAUAUUUAUUUGAGGCCUCCUAUAAAUUAUUCAGCAGACAAACUUAUUUCUGUGUUCUAUACUGUGCUGACUCCUUUACUCAACCCAAUUAUCUAUACAUUUAGGAACCAGGAAAUGAAGAGUGCACUUAAAAAAAUUCUACGGGAAACUGUAUUACGGGGUCUAAGAAAUAAAAACAGUAAUUAAAUAAUAUAUAGCCAACAGUGCCCAUUCUGGAGCAUCUAUUAUGAAGGAAUAAUAUUGUUUUAUUUUUAUACAGUUAAACAGUUUUUUA